UUAAGAAUGGAUAGGUUUGAUCUUCUUGCAGUCCAUGGGACUCUCAAGAGUCUCCUCCAGCACCACAAUUCAAAAGCAUCAAUUCUUCGGCGAUCAGCCUUCUUUAUGGUCCAGCUCUCACUUCCAUACAUCACUACUGGGAAAACCAUAGCUUUAACUAUACGGACCUUUGUCAGCAAGGUGAUGUCUCUGCUUUUUAAGAUGCUGUCUAGGUUUGUCAUUGCUUUUCUCCCAAGAAGCAGGCGUCUUUUAAUUUUGUGACUGCUGUCACCAUCUGCAGUGAUCAAGGAGCCCAAGAAGGUGAAAUCUCUCACUGCCUCCAUUUCUUCCCCUUCUAUUUGCCAGGAGGUGAUGGGACCAGUGGCCAUGAUCUUGGGUUUUUUUUGAUGUUGAGCUUCAGACCAUAUUUUGCGCUCUCCUCUUUCACCCUCAUUAAUCUACUUUAGGAUCACACACAGAUCUACUUUAGGAUCACACAAUCUCUGUGAAGACGUUCAAGGAUGCUUCUUAUAGGUUAGCAUGACCUAGUAUGCUCAUUUUCAGAUGACACCAAACAGGGAGGGGUAGCCAGUGCCGCUGAAGAGAGAAUUGGGAUUCAAGGUGACCCUAACAGAUUGGAGAGCCAGGCCCAAACUCACAAAGUGAAUUUCAAUAGAGACAAAUUACAGGUUCUGCACUUAGGCAGGAAGAAGCAGCUGCACAAAUAUAAGAUGGGGGACACCUGGCUUACACCUGGAGGAGCUUGUUUUCUCUUGCUUCGGAGAUUAGGACCCAAACCAACUUGGUUCAAGUUACAAGAAAGAAGAUUCCAACUUGACAUCGGGAAGAACUUCCUGAUACUGAUUUUCCCUGGUAAAGGGCCAAUGGCAUCUGCCUUAGGGACUGUCGGUGUUCAGUUGCUGCGGCAGCCAGGUUGUGGGAGCUGCCUGCCCCCUUGCUCACUCACCGAUGAGGACCUGGCUGCCUACCCUGGCUUGGCUAACCUCCUUUUGGGCCUGACCAGCCAUAUGGACUCCAGUGGGCUCAGUGUACACUUGGCACAACAAAUGGAGGAGGCAAGAAAGGAAUUGCAGCGGUGCCGAGGAAACUGGUUGAAAUGGGAAGUGGUCCACCGGCUUCUGCAGGAGGCGCUAAGGGAACUGGGAACUGGCCUGUCUCCACGGGACCAAAAAUUCCUUGAGGUCCUGGAGCAGCAGCUUUCGGUAGCUGAGCUGAAACGGAUGCUUGAUCUCGGCCCUUCUCUGCAAGACACACAACCGUCUCUUUUGGGUUUGGAGGCCUCUGAUCUACAGGAGCUUCUUCCCCCUAACCAAGAGCUGGAGCAAAUGCGAAAACACCUCCCUGCGGAACUGGAGAAACGCCUUAAGUCCAAAUGCCUUGCCGUGCUCGGUUACUACCUCCCUGAGAGUGAUGGCGCUGGAGACGUUGCACGGGCAGCAAUGCUGGGGACCUUGGCAGAGUGCUUGGCUGCAGAGAAGCAGCGUCUGCGAGAAAGCCAGGCUCGGCACCAGGAACUGGUGGGGUUGCUGGAGCAGCAGAAAGCCGCCUAUCCCCAGGUCUUGUUACGCUGCUUGGCCAUACUGAAACGCUUGGCCCGUGAGCUCCGCCUUAACGCUCAGUCUGAACUCGACUAUUUCAACACCCAGUACCUAGAGACCAAGUGCAAUGCCAUGUUCUUCAAGAUACGGCUCGAGGAGCUGAGCAUCCUUUUGGACACCUACACACCUGAGAAAGUGGAUGUGCAUCGGAUGAUGAGGGACAAACUGCAGACAGCACUAAGCCAAGAGGAGCAAGACCUGGCCACUUCUCGCAAAAUCGUCUCCAACUAUGAGACACUGGGCCCAGAGUUCGAAGAACUGGUGAAGGAAUAUGCCCGGCUGCAAGCCAUCAUUGAGAACAGGCGCUGGGCCCUGAGAGAAUUCAGCAAAGACUGAGGCCCUGUUUGGCCACGGACUGGUUGAAUAUUGAUCCGUUUAGUGUGUAACGACUGUUUUGUACAAUAAAGUAUGGAGGAAAG